AUGGAAUUGGAUAGCAUUGAAUGUGUGCCAUCCUUAGAUUUAACAGACGAGGAUGAGAUCCACCAACACCACCAUCUCCAUCAUUUCCCUUCUGUUUCAAAGCCACACGCCGCCACCACCACCAACAACAAUAACAACAAUAACCAUACUAAUACUGUGGCUUCAGCGUUUCACACUACUAGUGUUCAUGAACUCCUUGAAUGCCCUGUCUGUACAAAUUCUAUGUACCCUCCUAUUCAUCAGUGCCACAAUGGCCAUACACUCUGUUCAACCUGUAAAACACGAGUACACAAUCGGUGUCCCACUUGUAGACAGGAGCUUGGUGACAUUAGAUGUCUAGCAUUGGAAAAGGUAGCUGAAUCACUUGAGCUGCCUUGCAAAUACAUGUCGCUUGGAUGCCCAGAGAUUUUUCCAUACUACAGUAAACUGAAACAUGAGACCCUGUGCAAUUUUAGGCCAUACAACUGUCCAUAUGCUGGAUCAGAGUGUGCUAUUGUUGGGGAUAUCCCAUACCUUGUUGCUCAUCUGAGGGAUGAUCACAAAGUGGACAUGCAUUCUGGGUGUACUUUCAACCAUCGUUAUGUCAAGUCUAAUCCUCGUGAAGUAGAAAAUGCUACAUGGAUGUUAACUGUUUUCCACUGUUUUGGCCAGUAUUUCUGCCUCCAUUUUGAAGCUUUCCAGCUUGGGAUGGCUCCUGUCUACAUGGCAUUCCUCAGAUUCAUGGGUGAUGAGACAGAAGCCCGGAAUUACAGCUACAGCCUGGAGGUCGGGGGAAAUGGUCGGAAACUUAUUUGGGAAGGCACGCCACGGAGUGUAAGAGAUAGCCACAGGAAGGUUAGGGACAGCCAUGAUGGACUUAUUAUACAACGUAACAUGGCACUUUUCUUCUCUGGAGGAGAUAGGAAGGAGUUAAAGCUGCGAGUUACAGGGCGGAUAUGGAAAGAACAGCAGAAUCCAGAAGGUGGGGCAUGCAUUCCCAACCUUUGUAGUUAG